AUUUUCUCUUUCUGCCCCCCAACCCCUUCUUUAUUACGCCAUCGCUUCGAAGGUUUUGGGUUUACACGUCUCGCUCCUGAAGAAGCAGAGAUAUUCCAGAAACAAAAACGAUCCUAUUCUCUUGGAAACGCAGAUGGGAGCGCUCGCUUCUCCCAUCCCUUCUCCUUGGAUCCCUGAAGACGAUCUCCUCCUAAAAAACGCCGUCGAGGCUGGUGCUUCCUUGGAGUCACUUGCUAAAGGUGCAGUGCAAUUUUCUCGAAGAUUUAUGGUUCGAGAACUGCAAGAUCGGUGGUAUUCUCUCCUUUAUGAUCCUGUUGUUUCUGGCGAAGCUUCUGCUCGCAUGAUUGAGUUUGAUCAUUCUGCUUCAAAUCUUCCAUCACAAUCUCAUAGAUUUAGAAAUAUAAUUAGCAACAAAUGUGUUUCUGGGAAGAGAAAAGUUGAAACAGUCCGCAAAUGUUAUUAUGCCAUGCGCAAAAGAAUCUGCAGUGAGCCGCUUAACUCUAUGGAUUUGAGUUUACUUCUUCCACCUUCAAAUGAUAAUUGUUUUGGAAAUGGAGAUGAGCCUUUUGCAAAUUACAUGGUUGGAGAUCAUUUCUCGAAUAAUUUUAUGUUUGAGGAAUCAAAUAUGAAUAUAACGGGUCAUGAUUUCCCCCAAACUGGGAUGGAUGGUGCUGCUGAUGAUGGCAUUGGUGGAACUUCAAAUGCAUUUCAUACAGGUUCACAUGAAGAGGAUUUCCCAGGUAAUUUCUCUGGGAUGGAGGAAUUUUGUCAACCAAAUGAAUUGCCUGUGCACAACCUGUUUGAAACUGAUGAUUUAGAGGCAAAGCCUGCUUUGGCUUUUGAUCAUAUUAAUACAAAUCCUGGUAAUAUUUGUCCCGAAUUUGAAGGAAGUCAAGUAUGCAAUUCACCAAUUUCAGAUAGCGAUAUGCCAUAUGACAACUUGGGGUAUUCAUCGCCACUCCAUGAGAUGCCUCUUUGGAGAACAAUUGAGGGUAUUGCAGCACCAACCAUGCCAAUUGAUGAUAACCUUAGAGAAAAAGAUCAGCUCACAGGGGAUACAUUUGCCCUCCCCGAUGAUGAUGAUACUAAAAAUGCAAGUAUAUCACCAUAUGAUGUCCAUUCAGUUUCCAAGGUGGAAAACCAAAUACCAUGUGAUGAGUUGAAAUCAGAUGCUAGCCCAGAGGGUUACUUAGCAGAACUCUCCAAUUCUCUUAUGGACUUCUCAAAUGAGGAGGAACUUCUGCUUAUGGAUAAUGGAAAAUAUGUAAUUGGUAAGUCUUUUUAUGAUGGUUUGAGCUCACUCUUAUCGAGUCCUCACAAUGUUAAUAAGGAACACAUUCUCAGUGUAGCUGAACCCGAAGCCUCAGUAGCUCUCGAUGCACCUCUCAUGAUACCGAGUGCUACAUGUUGUGGAGUGUCAGCAGAGGAUGUUGAAUCUCAUGGUGGUGAUGGAGAUGUAGUUUGCAACUCAGAGGCUCAAGUGUUAUCAUCUGCAUCGGUGGUAGUUCCUGAAUUUCCUGAACGGCGUGAUGGUGUUAUAUUCUGUUCAUUUAACACAGAGGACCCAAAUAUUCCAUGCAAUGGUGAUAUUUUUAUACCCAAUGAGGUCCCUUCAACAUCUCUUUCCCCUAUAAUCCUGCGAAGUUUUCCAGAGGCUCACAAUCCAACUUCCUCAUCUCUCAAGGUUGCUCAAAUGCCUAGUGAGAGAGGUCCAAUCUUACAGAAAAUCCCUGGACGGUCAAAUGCAUCUUCUCAGAUGAUAGGAUCAAGGAUGUUACCUGAAAUGUGUCAAAAUCGUCAAGUUGGUGAUUCUAGGGAUGCAGGUAUCACAUGUGGAGAUCCAAGUCAGAUCAAUUCAGAAAAUGUAUUUAGUAAUGCUUUUACACCUGGAAAGCUUAAGGCAGAGUCUGUGGGAGCUCAUUUGGAACAGCAUCGUAGUUGUAAUGCUGCUGAUUCUUUUCUAGAUAAGGGUUGUGAUAACUAUCGAAGUUGUCCCCAGACAUAUGCUGGCUGCAGUAAAGUAGAUGCUCAGGAUAUAACUCAAAAUAAUCAGGUAUCACAUGCAGAACUAGACUCUAUAGAUGGGGCCGUCCCGCAAAUUUUAGCAAGCACUAUAACAUCAGAUCAAGAAGAAUUGCCUUCUGAGAGUGAUGAUGAUAUACCUUAUGUUUCUGAUAUUGAAGCAAUGAUUCUUGAUAUGGAUUUGGGUCCUGAUGACCAGGAUUUAUGUUCCAUUAGGAAAGCCUUGAGACACCAGCCUGAAGAAAUCCAGAGAACACUCAUAAGGCUGGAGCAGGGUGGCCAUUCUUAUAUGCGAAGAGCCAUUGCAUCACAUGGUGCAUUUGCUGUUUUGUAUGGCCGUCAUUCAAAGCAUUAUAUUAAGAAACCAGAGGUUUUAAUUGGGAGAGCAACAGAGGAUGUUAGCGUCGAUAUUGACUUGAGAGGAGAGGGGCGUGCAAAUAAAAUAUCUCGACGGCAGGCAACCAUAACAAUGGACAAAGGUGGAUCUUUCUAUUUGACAAAUCUCGGAAAAUGUUCAAUUUUAGUUAAUGACAAGGAAGUACCCCCCGGACAAAGUCUGAGCCUUAAUUCUAAUUGUUUGGUUGAGAUACGGGGAAUGCCGUUCAUAUUUGAGACAAAUCAAACUUGUGUAAGGCAAUAUUUGGAUAAAAUCACCAAAGAACAAGCUCAAACAUGAUGAUUCUCCAUGUUUUCCCUUUAAAUCAUUCGAUUCUCUACGACAGCAGCAAGGGCCUGACUGAUCAGUAAGCCUCAGUGAUACAACAUUGUCGAACCCAGUAACAAGUAGCUUCAGUGGUUGCAGGCUGAUCAGUAAGCCUCAGCGAUACAACAUUGUCGAACCCAGGAAAUAGCUUCAGCGGUUGCAGGUUUUUCAAGGUUUAGAGCUUUCAAGAUUUGGUUUGAUAUCAGAAGGUGCAUUUUGUUUUUUUUAGAAAGCACCUUCUGGGUUCCUUAAUCUCUUGUAUUUAUUUACCUGAGUAGAGCGUGGAUGAAUGUGGGUUCACCCUCCACAACACCCCCCCCCCCCCCUCCAAAAAAAAAAAAACAAAAAAAAAGAAAAGUGAAUGAAUGUCUCCUAGUUUUAGGCUUCAAAUUGUAUGAUACAACAUUUUCUUGUCUCUGUUUUUUGUUCUUUUUUCCCAAUUGAAUAUCAGUGAAAUUACGCAA